AUGGCGCCGACUGUAGAGAUUGCCAUAACCACAACCUCUCUAUCCCCCACGUCUCCCCCACACACCGUCUACCACAUAACCCUCCGUCUCCCACUCCGCUCCUUUACCGUCUCCAAGCGCUACUCCGACUUCUCAACAUUCCACAAGACCCUAAUCAGCCAGACAAAUGCCCAACCCCCAGUCCCCCUCCCAGCAAAAUCCUGGUUCUCAAAGACGACCUCAAACGACAGCUUCCGCGAAGAGCGCCGUAUAGGUCUAGAAGACUAUCUCCGAGCCAUAAACGAGUCCCCCGACAGCCGCUGGCGCAACUCACCAGCGUGGCGGGCGUUCCUUAACCUCCCCUCAGCAGCCUCAGCAUCAGCCAGCGCAGCGAGUUCCUCAACAAGGCUUCACGCCGCAAUCACCGAUCCCGGAAAUGCAUCCAACGCCCCAAUCACAGACCCGACGCUCUGGCUAGACUACUUCCGUGACCUGAAAGCCCACUUGCACGAUGCCCGCCUCGCACUCUCCCGCCGAGACCAAGAAACAACGCCGCAGAAACAACACGAAAGCUCCGCACAAGCAAAAUCUAGUCUUGUCCGUGCAGGCUCUAUGAUCUCAACCCUCGAAGAAGGACUGAAGAACCUCAGCGGCCGCGCGCAAUCCAAAACCUCCGCAACACCCAGUCUCGGCGAAGGCGAGCUUCGCCGUCGAAAGGACUUGCUCAUCAACGCCCGGAAAGAAAAAGACGGGUUGGAGGAUCUCUCGCAUGCGAUGGCGACUAAGAGCAAACUUGACCAUGCUGUAGCCUCGAUUCAGGACAAAGAAGCACUCAUGAAUGUGGGAGACUCUGCUAAUAACGGACGCCGAACACCUGCGAAAACUGGACGGGUCCUUGGAAAGGAGACGGAGCGCACACGCGAAUUGGAUAAUGAGGGUGUGUUGCAGUUGCAGAAGCAGAUAAUGCAGAAUCAGGAUGCUAGUGUUGAGGACUUGAUGAAGAUUAUUAUUCGGCAGAGGGAGCUUGGAACGGCGAUUCAUGAGGAGUUGAAUGUGCAGAAUGAAUUGUUGAAAUUGGCUGACGAGGAUACUGAUCGUCUGAAAUCCAAGCUCGAUAUUGGCAAGAAGCGGAUUGGAAAGAUUUCCUAA